AUGCAGACCGAGGCGCGGGUGGGCGGCGUGGCCCUCGACGGCCGCGGCGCCGUCUCGGCCUCCCCCCGCCAGGAGCAGCAGCAGCGCCACAUCGGCACCGCCGCGCACCUCGCCGCCGGGGGCUUCGCCGGCGUCGUCAGCAAGACCUGCACCGCGCCCCUCGCCCGCCUCACCAUCCUCUUCCAGGUGGCAGGUAUGCAUUCAGAUGCUGCAGCUCUAAGGAAGUGUAGUAUAUGGCACGAGGCUUCGCGGAUUGUUCGAGAAGAAGGAUUUGGGGCAUUUUGGAAAGGCAAUCUUGUCACCAUUGUACAUCGAUUACCUUAUUCCGCCAUGAGCUUCUAUUCUUAUGAACGAUACAAAAAGCUUCUCGGAAUGGUGCCUGGCCUGGAUGACCCAAAUUAUGUUAGUGUCGUACGUUUACUUGGUGGUGGUCUAGCGGGAGUGACAGCUGCAUCUGUAACUUACCCGUUGGAUGUUGUUCGAACUCGUUUGGCAACACAGAAAACCACCAGGUAUUACAAGGGCAUCUUUCAUACGUUGUCCACAAUUUGUAGAGAAGAGAGUGGGAGAGGAUUGUAUAAAGGCCUUGGGGCCACGUUAUUGGGAGUUGGACCGGGUAUAGCAAUCAGCUUUUAUGUAUAUGAAUCCUUGAGGUCUCAUUGGCAAAUGGAAAGGCCGAAUGAUUCCAAUGCCGUUGUGAGCUUGUUUUCUGGGAGUCUAUCUGGUAUUGCAGCGUCGACAGCUACAUUUCCUCUUGAUCUUGUAAAGCGACGUAUGCAACUACAUGGGGCGGCUGGGGCAUCACAAAUCGAAAAAUCAAGCAUAACUGGAACCAUCCGCCAAAUCCUUCAAAAGGAAGGUCCUCGUGGCUUCUACCGAGGCAUAGUCCCGGAGUACCUGAAGGUUGUUCCUAGCGUUGGAAUCGCCUUCAUGACCUAUGAGGUAUUGAAAAGCAUGCUCUCCAGCAUUGAUGGGGAUGAUGAGAACUAA